ACAGAUGUCAUAUGGUUGACAAUUGACGUAAAGUCAGUCGCCGGUUAAGUUAACCGCCAUUUGACCCUCUGGAAAGCACGUAGUUCGUUAAUUUAAAUAAAAUUGUGCGAGUUCUUUGUUAAAUUACGUUAAGUCUUACAUUUAUUUACUGUUAAACAGCUUUGUACAACUAUGGGAGACGAAAAUAGGAUCCGUUCUUUCAAGAACAAAGGCAAGGAUACAGAUGAAAUGCGUCGAAGACGUAUAGGCCAAGCCGUAGAGCUCAGAAAGGCAAGAAAAGAUGAUCAACUGCUUAAAAGGAGAAACAUAUCAGUGGCAUGCGAAGAACCAACUUUGCCAUUGCAGCAGCAACAAAACAGUCCUUCAGCAAUGACAGCUGAAGAAAUCAUGUUUGGCAUGAUGAGCCAGGACGAGGAUGUACAGUUUAAAGCCACACAGGCCUGCAGGAAGACCUUGAGCAGGGAAAGAAACCCACCAAUAGAUCAUAUGAUCCGGCUAGGUGUUGUACCUAGAUGUGUAGAGUUCUUGGGAAAUCAUCACAAUAAUAACCUUCAGUUCGAAGCUUGUUGGGCAUUAACAAACAUCGCCUCCGGAACUCCCGAACAAACAGCAUCAGUGGUCCAAGAGGGGGCGAUUCCAAAGUUACAAGCCCUACUGCUCUCUCCCAAAACAGAUUUGGCCGAGCAAGCGGUGUGGGCUUUGGGUAACAUCGCCGGCGAUGGCCCUGUAACCAGAGACAUGGUAUUAGAUGCUGGAGUUUUACCUGAUAUUCUGCGCCUUAUUAAGCCAGAUACCAGCGUGUCUUUGCUGAGAAACGCGGUGUGGGCCAUCUCAAAUUUGUGCAGGAACAAAAAUCCCUGUCCGGAUUUUGAGAAGGUUAAACCCGCUUUGCCUGUUUUGGCAAGGCUUUUGGCUUAUCAGGAUAAGGAUGUGCUGGCUGAUACCUGUUGGGCACUGUCUUACUUGACAGAUGGGAAUAAUGAUAAAAUUCAGGCUGUUUUGGACACUGGAUUAGUUCCAAGGCUUGUCCAGCUACUGUCGAGUAACGAAAAUACAGUCCUCACCCCGGCCGUACGGGCUGUAGGCAACAUCGUAACCGGCAACGAUCAGCAAACGGACGCCGUUCUUAACGCGGGCGCUCUCAACGUCAUGCCCGCACUCCUACAGCAUCCCAAGCUCAAUAUUAUCAAGGAGGCCGCAUGGACUUUGUCCAAUAUUACCGCGGGCAAUUCCGAUCAAAUUCAAAAAGUCAUCGACGCGGGCAUCAUCCCCUGCCUGCUCCACGUCUUAUCAACGGGCGACUUUAAAAGCCAAAAAGAAGCCGCUUGGGCCGUCACCAAUUUUACUAGUGGCGGCAACAUUGCCCAACUGGCGAAACUUGUCGAAUUGGGCGCCCUGAAACCGAUGUGCAACCUGCUCAACUCCAAAGACUUCAAGACUGUUUCGGUGGUGCUCGACGGUUUAAGCAACAUUUUAACCGCCGCCCAGAAAAUCGGCGAAACCGAGAAAAUCGCGGUCGUUAUCGAAGAGUGUGGCGGUUUAGAUUUGAUCGAGUCCCUUCAGAGUCACGAGAAUGAAAAGAUUUACGAGAAAGCUCUUAGUAUUAUUGAGAAUUUCUUUAGUGAGGGUCAAGUAGAAGAUAUGCCGGCGCCGACCAGCCAAGACGGACAAAUCGUCUUUCAAUCGCCCACCUCGUCCGUACCCAGCGGAGGUUUCAACUUUUAAGCGUCAAAAUCACGAUCGUGAUUUUCCAUUCCAAGUGAACGUUUACAUUAAAAAAAAAAAAAAAAAAAACACUAUUUUUGUAAUGCAUUUUUAUAUCGUUAAUCGCUAAACGUCUUUAUUAGAUCUGUUUUUUCGCCAUACUAAUCGUUAGCUUAUUAAGGAGAUUUUGUUAUUUUUCUUUAUAUCUUUUGCCCUAUUUCUUUGAAUAAACGAAAGUUAUUUGUGAA